AGAGUUAUUGUCAAUAAAUAGAUCAAAAACAAUAAGAUAUUUAAUAAGACAUAAUACACGAAUUAUCUAUUUUAUUACUUGAUACAAGAAAAUUCCAAAAGAUAAAGCUACUAAAAUGAUGCUUCAAUGUAAACGUUUAAUUAGUUUUGACAAGUCUUCACCACUAUGAAGUCAGAAUUAUUUUUCUUCGUUUUUCUUGUUUUUAAUAGUUUUAAAACAUACAAUUGUUCGUCAAAUGUGAUUUACGAAAUUGUAUCCAAAGUUGAUUCGAGGAAAUGCUACACCUGUCAGGACGAUUGUUCAUUUCCUACGACUACAAACUGCUAUGGAAUUAAUAAGUGUUUUUCUAAAACUGUUAAAGUUGCUGACAAUAGUACCAUUCAAACUAGAGGCUGCACGGAAAUGACUUUAGAAACGCUAUGUGAUGAUAGUAGUGGCGAAGUAACAUCAUGUUACACUUGUGAUGGUGAUUUUUGUAACACCGAUGUUACUAUCAAUGCAGAGGAUACAGGAGUUAGUAAGUGCUACGUCUGCAUUGACGAAUGUGCCACACCACCAGAACAACACGACUGCAAAAUAUUGACAGAAAUAGAAGGUAAACCCGUAAAGGCAGCUUGUCUGACAUACCAAGUCGAGAGGGAGGAUGAAACAGUUAUAUCGAAGGGUUGUGUCGUUGACGAUACCGUCAUUAGACAGACAUGUAGCUUAACAAAUUUGUAUCCCGAAAUAAAGUGUUCAAUCUGUGAUACCGACUUAUGCAAUGGUGACAAAGAAGAUGAAGAAAAAUUCGUAGAUGAAUGCUACUAUUGUUUAGGCAGUUGUGACUCUCUGGAAGUACAAAAUUGUAAAGAACUGCUUGGGGAAAACGCGCAAAGCAAAUGUGUUGUAAUAGAACAUGUUGACGGUGAUGGACAACUAAUUGUUGCAAGAGGAUGCGCAGAAAUCAACAACACUGUUCAAAGCGUGUGUGACAUUGUUAACCAACAGGGUGGCAACUGUACCAUUUGUGACACAAAUCUCUGUAAUGGUAAGAACGAUGACGAAGAAAAUUUCGUAGAUGAAUGCUACUACUGCGAAGGCACUUGCGACUCUUUGGAAGUACAAAAUUGUAAAGAACUGCUUGGCGAAAACGCUCAAAGCAAAUGUAUUGCAAUGGAAUAUAUUGACGAUGGACAACUAACUACUAUAAGAGGAUGUGCAGAAAUCAACAGCACUGUCCAAAGCAUCUGUGACAUUAUUAACCAACAAGGUGGUAACUGUACUAUUUGCGAUACUAAUCUCUGCAAUGGUAACAAAGACGAAGACAACGAAGAAAUUUUCGCAGAUAAAUGCUACUACUGUGAAGGCACUUGUGACUCUGUGGAAAUACAAAAUUGUAAAGAACUGCUUGGUGAAAACGCUCAAAGCAAAUGUAUUGCAAUGGAAUAUCUUGAUGCUGAUGGACAACAAACUACUGAGAGAAGAUGUGCAGAAAUUGAUAGCAGCUUUCAAAGCACAUGCGACCGCAUCAACCAAACGGGUGGGAAUUGCACUAUUUGUGAUACUGACCUUUGUAAUGGCCCUGAAUCUGGCUCGUCUGGAGCGGAAAAGUUAUAUUCUACCGCAUUUAUUUUCAUAUCAGCAUUUUUUUUAAUACAUGUUUGGACGUAAAAUGAUUGUAAAUAAGAAUAUUUAACAUUUUUCUAGACCUGUAUAGUUAGUAACCGAUUAAAAAAAUUCUAUCCAA